AUGACGCCGGGGCCUGGCGAUAGUGCCUCGCCCCAGGCGGCCGAAAGGCGUACAUUGCGGCCGAGCCUGCAGUUGGUAUCGCAGUCGGUAGCAACACUUCCAAAGGCUCCUGUUUUGCACCAAAAGCCUCUUACCACGGGGGACAACCGGAGCGAAAGUGAUAAUAUGAGCAUUUCCUCUAGUGAGGACGAGGAGGAGCACCUGCUGGACAGGACUGUUGUGGAGACGGUUCCUGAACGGCGGACGGCCUCAGAGUGCGGCGAGCUGAAAUCUGCCGUAGAAAGACUCUCGGCUCAACUUCUCGUGGAAUUUAAGCGCCAAGAGGUAAGAGACGUUCUUCUUGAGCUGAUGAAGGCGUCCAUAGACAGCCUCUCGAAUCAGAUCACAGAGCUAACGAAAGAGCUGAAGCUCAUGCGAAAGGAGGAAAGGGCCACCAAACGUGAGCUGGAGAUCUAUCGGCUCGCAACGCGGGAGAUUGCAGGACUCCAGGCCGAUACAAUGGCUUCAAACACAGUGAUCGUCACGAAGAAACCACUGGCGGUUCAGACUGAAGAAUCUAAGCGGCUUCAACAACAACAGCAGUCAAAGUUGCUACAAACAGGACAGUUGCGACAAAAACAACAGUCAAAUAAGCAGCUUACUAACCCGGUAGUAGCCAAGCCGGCAGUGGCAUCGAAAAUAGUGAAAAGCGGGCAAUCGCCAGCGCAAAAGCGACGACUGCAGCGGAAGCGCGCCCAAGAGUGUCGACAAGCGCUGCAAGAGCAACAGCAGCAGCAGCAGCGUCCGACUGCUCAUAGGUCGGUAGUGUCGAUUGCACCAAAACAACAGGAGCAAUCGCAGAUGCGACCGCAACCGCAUCAGGCCAGGAAGCAGGGAACACAGUGGCAGCAACAACAACCGGCUGCAGUCAAUGACACAUCCGUGCAGGAAUCUACAUGGACCACAGUGGUGAAGCGUUGCUUGAAUCGGCAGCAGCUGCAGCAACCUAACCUGCAACAGCAGCAACAGCAAUCAUAUCAUCAGGCUCACCAGCAGAUCAGUCAGCAUGCGAGUCAACAGUCGAACCAACAGCGGAAUCAACGGCAAGGUCCGUUGCAUCAAGUCCCACAGCAGCGACAGGAACGAUAUUCGAAGCCUCGCCCGGAUAUCAUUAGGAUGACGGCACCUGGUGGUACCUCGUUUCUAGAUAUGUAUAGCGUGAUCCGUCAGGCAACUGACGUUGGGGAUAAGAUGAUACGAGCUCGAAGAAUGGAUGAUCAGACGCUAUCGUUCUAUCUGCACCCGAAUGUGGAUGGCACAACCGUGAAGGAAGUCAUCGAGAAGUGCCUUGGCGAUAAGGCAACAGUUCGGGUGGUGACCGACAUGAGUCAGGUGCUACUACCGGUGCUUGAUAUGCUCGCGACGCCAGAGGAAACAGCAGCCGCAAUAUCAGACAAGACCAUCCCAUAA